AUGGGGGUCCAGGCAAACCAGACCCUCCCCUCCGAGGGUCGAUUGACCCGCAAACGCACUCGGGAGGCACUUGAGAGAAAUGGAUCAUCGUCAUCAUCGGCGGGCCAUCACGAAAGCUCUUCCACCCAAUCCUAUGCCAAAGCGUCGUCGACAAAGCGGCCUAAAGUUGUCAAUAUCUCAGAGGAGAAGCGGCUGAGGAAAUUUCGGAAACAGCCACCUCAGGCCUUUUACGAUGUGUACGAUCGCGCAACCUCGCAGCGUUUCUUCGUCCUCGGCCGGACCCGAUGCGGGACCGACUCCAGCCCGGAGGAAGUGGUCGAGUUGACCGGCUCUACCGGCAACAUCUAUCAUGUUCACAUCUCUCAACAGCCAACAUGCGACUGUCCUCACGCCUUGGCAGGCAACCAAUGCAAGCAUUGGCUCUUUGUCAUGUCUCGCGUGCUUCAUGCUCGCUUCGAGCUCGUUUACCAGCUCGCCCUGCUCGACAGCGAGCUCCGCGAGAUCUUUGCCACGGCACCGCCGCCACUUGACGAGUCAGGGAAGGUAUCAAUAUCGUCGCAAGACAGCAAGAAUCGCAAGCCGAUUGAGGGCGAUUGCCCUAUAUGCUUCGACGAGCUACUGCCGGCAGUUGAAGCCGAGAGUAGCAAUGAACGUGAUAAUUCCACGAUUGUCUGGUGCAGAGCAGCUUGCGGACAGAACAUGCACAAGCUGUGCUUCCGUAUGUGGUCCGCUACAAAGAAAACCGGCAGCAGAGGCCAAGGAAACGUUACUUGUCCGUUCUGUCGCAGCCAGUGGCUGGGAGAUGAUGAUUUGGUCAAGGAUAUCAACAAGGAUGGUCCGUUAAACUGUGAAGGAUAUGUCAAUGUUGCCGAUCAACUAGGCAUCGACCCCGCGAGAGACCACUCGUCCUACUCCUCUUGGUAUUCUGGCUCUUCGCGGAACUACCGGCGGCGACAUCGCUGGUAA